UAAGAUCCAGAGCCUCAAACCUAUUACGGAGGAGCCCCAGGGGAAAUGAGGUAGGUAGGGAGGGAGGUUGCCUGUAAAGUUAACUUGGACUCUCUUUCAACCCUCCUCAUCUUUUUGGUUCCCUACCUCAGCCCAAUAAAUGACAGGGUAUGGACUCCAGCACGCUCUGGGGACACCCAGAGCGUUACCUCACCAAUCAAUCUCCUGCUCACAUGCCCUGAUGCUACUUAGUCUCUCCACCUCCUCCUUGAACUACUACGAUGAGCAGACCUUCCACCUGAGAACAGUUCCCUGCUGCCUUCCCCUAGCAUCUGCAAGCCCAGAUUCUGGAGUUCCCUGCGGUGGAAGUUCUGGGCAGCUUUGUUGCUCGUCUGGAGUUCUGUUGGGUCCAUGCAUCUGAAUAAGAAGUUGAGCGUUGGGAAGAUUGUGAACCUGAAGUACUUGGCCAAUGAGGAGCCAGGGGAGAAAGAGGUUAGUGUGUGUUUUGCUUCAACCACAGACACAGAAAUGAUCAAGAGCAUUCUGGGCUGCAGCCUUAAAUCACGGAGCAGCAUCUUCCACAAAGAAAAGUGAUUGAAAGCAGCCUGCAACUUUUGGACAAAAUGGGCAAACGGUUUCCUCAACAGUGUCUAAGAGAGAAAAUGUCCUUCAGAUUUCCUGAGCAGGUUCUAAAACACAGACAGAAAGAAACUAUUAAAGUAGCCAUUGAAGAAAUCUUGCAACACAUCUUCUAUAUCUUUAGCAAAAAUCUGACUCUAGCUGCCUGGGAUGGGGCAGCUCUAGAACAAUUCCAAAAUGGACUCUAUCAGCAAAUUGAGCAAUUGGAGGCAUGCAUAAUCAAGAAACAGACUCAAUAUUUUUGGAGUAAAGAAGUCAACAAGCUGAAACUGAAAAAGUAUUUCCAAAAGAUAGACUCUUUUCUUAAAGAGAAACACCACAACCUGUGCUCCUGGGAGAUCAGCCGUGCAGAAAUGAGGAGAUGUCUUCAAUUGAUUGAUAAAGUCAUAAGGAAGCUUUACAAGGUAGACAUGCUCUCCUCUCUGCCAGUUACGGAUGCAAGCUAAAGGAAAUGAUGACUGCUAUAGGUAUCAGGUCUGAAGCUGAGAUAACAGAAGGAAAAUCUGCUAACAACGCUACCGUGAUCCGGCACAACCAAAAAGACAAAAGGGUGAGAUCCCACCCAAAAAACUACAGCUGGAGAUUUUUUUGUGCUUUGUAACUAACAGCACUUGGGGUAGUUCCACUGCCAGACUGUUGGAAAUCUGAUUUCCUGCCUGUUUGUUUUUUUGCACGAACUGCUUGUUUGUUUUUUGCACUUCUGCAAGCCUGUAUAAUAAAAGGACAUUCAGCCUGUUUAGU